AGCAGAGAAGAUGGCCCUCCUUGUAGCUCUGGUGCUCUUGAUGGCUGGGUUCUGCCCUGCUGUUCUCUGUCAAUCAGAUGGCACAUUGGGAAGAAACACCGAAGUUCAUGAAGACCAAAACAAUGGGACACAAAUGGACAGUCUGACACUGGCCUCCACCAACACUGACUUUGCCUUCACCCUCUACAAGGAGUUGGCUUUGAAGAAUCCAAAUAAAAAUGUCAUCUUCUCCCCAGUCAGCAUCUCAGCUGCCUUGGCCAUCCUGUCCCUAGGAGCAAGCAGCAACACCCUGGAAGAGAUUCUAGAAGGUCUCAAGUUCAAUCUCACAGAGAUCCCUGAGGCAGACAUCCACAGGGGCUUUGGGCACCUCCUCCACAUGCUCAGUCAGCCAGGGGACCAGGUGCAGAUCAGCAUAGGCAACAUGAUGUUUAUUGAAAAGCGCCUGCAGAUCCUGGCAGAGUUCAAGGAGAAGGCAAGGGCGCUGUACCAGGCUGAGGCCUCCACAGCUGACUUCCAGCAGCCUCAUGAGGCCAAAAAGCUCAUCAAUGACUAUGUGAGCAAACAGACCCAAGGGAAGAUCAAGGAACUGAUCUCAGACCUGGAUGAGAGUUCAUUAAUGGUGCUGGUGAAUUACAUCUACUUUAAAGGGAAAUGGAAGAGGCCCUUUGACGCUCGUUUUACUUUUGAGUCUCACUUCUACUUGGACCAAAAGAGGACUGUGAAGGUGCCCAUGAUGAAAAUUAAGGACUUGACUACACCCUACUUCCGGGAUGAAGAUCUGAACUGCUCUGUGGUGGAGCUGAAGUACAGAGGCAAUGCCAGUGCCCUGUUCAUCCUCCCUGAUGAGGGCAGUAUGCAGCAGGUGGAAGCUAGCUUGCAACCAGAGACCCUGAAGAAGUGGAAGGACUCUCUGUGUCCCAGGAAGAUCGACCAGCUCUACAUGCCCAAGUUCUCCAUCACCACUGACUACAGCCUGGAGAACAUCCUUCCACAGCUUGGCAUCAGGGAAGUCUUCUCCACACAGGCUGACCUGUCUCGUAUCACAGGGGCCAAGGACCUGAGAGUCUCUCAGGUGGUCCACAAGGCUGUGCUGGAUGUGGCUGAGACAGGCACAGAAGCAGCUGCUGCCACAAAAGUCAUGGCUGUGGGAUCGGCUCUAAUUUUGAACCCUCUGAGAGUGUAUUUCAACAGGGCAUUCCUGAUGAUUAUCUCUGACACAAAUACUCAGAUUCCACUCUUUAUGGCCAAAGUCACAAAUCCCAAGGGAAACUAGCACUCCCAAGUGGUGAGGCUUCUUCCUGUGGGCCAGAGAUUAAGCCUGUAUGUGGGUCUCUAUGUGUAUUUUUAUUUCCAUGCUCUGAUUGGCUGUGGCAUGUUUUGAUUGACAUGUGACGUACUGUAUGACUCAAACAUGCACAGGGCACUUGGACAGUCAGUGUCAGGCUCCCAGUCCUCCUGGCAGCACUAGUUCAUGUUCCUGAGCCUGAACUCUGUCUUUGUGUUCCUCCCUGCUGCCUCUCCUUAUC